AUUGGAAGCAACUGAAAGAUUGCAUAUUCUGCAUAUUUCAUGUUCAAAAUGGCUAACCUUUUGAACAAAGACCCUUUCACUUAUGAAGAGGAACGCAAAAGCUUUUUACAAGAUUUACACAGAUUUCAUCAAAACCGGGGAACACCUUAUGAACGUAUUCCCCACAUAGCUGGCAGAGAAGUCGAUCUUUACCAUCUGUAUCGCCGUGUGAUUGGACUUGGUGGGUGGCAGAAGGUCAACAAUGAGGACAGAUGGCAAGAUAUUCAAUCCGAAUUUAAAGUACCAAGACACUGCACAAAUGGUGUUCAAGCUCUCAAAUACAUCUAUUUUAGGUUUCUUAAUACCUAUGAAAAAGUUCAUUUUUUGGGAGAAGAUCCAAACCGUCCACGGGUAGAAGAAGAUGACCAUCCAGCAAGAAAAAAAGCUUGUACCCCGAUCUAUGGUUAUCCAUUAACAUAUAAUUAUACUCAACAUCAUGUUUCAGAUGCUGUACGGCAGGCUCAUGGCUUGUCAUCGGAUCUUCUCCAGGUUGGCGAUUACGAUAAACUUGAGAAAGCAUUGAUCUCUGGACUACCCAAUGAAGUGGAUUUUGUAUUCAAUGUGUGUACAUUGCUUUCCAAUGAAGGUCGGCACUGCUUAAAGCUAGAGAAGUCACAACAUAUUAUUCCUCUAUUGCUAGCUCAUGUGGGAAUUUUUGAUGAAGAAGAUUUUACAUGUUUUGAAGAAUUGUACCUCAAUGGAUGGAUACAGUAUUCAAAAAGAGACUUCUUAAGGUUCUGGAUUGAAUGUGUUAAAAAUCAAUCUGCAAGAAAUCUCAUUACAUUUGGUGGUAUGCAGUAUUCCAGAGCUUCUUUGUGUGGUGAUGAAGUAUUACAUUUAGGUCGUGAUGCUGGAAUAUAUGAUAAAGAAGGGCAGAGAGUCACCCAGCUUGCAGUUCUUUUACGGAAUCUAUCGUUUGAAGAGGAAAACCAAAAAGUAUUAGCAACAGAUCCCUUAGUUUUCAAAUUUCUUCUUUUAUGUGUCCAUAGUUCAUAUGGAUCAUUAAAACAGUUGGCUCUUGACACAUUAGGCAAUUUGGCCACUCAGAUGGUGCUGGCACCAGCUGAAGAUAGCAGUACAAAGUUGCUGCUAGGUCUGGUCACUGAUGGUCUUCAUUCAAAUGACAAGUUUAUUAUUGUUAGGGCCUUAGAAAUCCUUGGCAAGUUGUGCCUCAUUGAACAGAAUGAGCUCAUUCUAUCAGAAAAUCUAGAUGACAAGACUUACAAUCGCUUGUGUCAGUUGCUGACAGUGUAUGACAUUCAGAUGAUUGUUCACACACUGGAAACAAUGUAUCAGCUGUCGGAAUUGGGAGAUGAAACCACGACCAGGAUUGCUGCUGUCAGAAGUGCUGUUGAUUUGUUAAUAAGCUUGUUGACUGUGGAGGCCCAGUCAUAUGGUCCAAACUCACUGAUUGGAAUCAAGGUCGUGGAGUGUGUACAGGCACAACCAGCUGUUCCAUCAACAGAGUGUGUGUCAGAGAAUGAUAACCGACCACCAGCAACCAUGGUCAUGCAGCCACCCGGAUCAUCAGUUUCUGCGAAACAUUUGUCAGUGCGAUCUCCAUCAGUCAGCUGUACAGUAAAUUCAGAUUCGCCAUCUGACAUUGAGUCCACAACACUUAACUGGUUGCGAGCUACUUAUGAAUAUAAAAAGGGUGUCAAAGUUACACAAGUGGACUUGUUCUCAGACUACCUCCAGUUUUGUCGGAAGUUUGGCAUUGCAGAUGUAUUGCCAUCAGCUGAUUUUAUUCAGCUUGUUAAAGUUGUCUUCUCCCAGUCAGAAAUGGCAGAUGUCAAGAAAGCAAAUGGUGACAAAGAAGCUUGCUUUGCUAAUAUUAGCAAGCGAUCAGUUCCAAAACAGUUUUCUAUAUCACACUCGGUUUCUAAAACAUGCACUGUGACUCUAAGCUCAGUUCGUGGCUGUUCUCAAUUGAGCCCUAACCCUCCUCCGAUAGACUUAACUCAAACACCCACCCUCAGACAACGUCUGAUGGAACCAUCACGGAUAAUUUUACAACAGCCCCUUCUUCAUACAGGUGUUGGAAGUCCACAGUCUGUGAGUGCCAUUCCAUUGCAACCAACAUCUACGAGUGGAGGGUCAUUCGGUAACAAUAAAACUCAAGAGGUAUCUCGCCCUUCUAAACCAUCUACAAAAUCAUCCAAAACUCUAUCAUCUGUGAUAACCAGUGCUGUUCCCAUUGUUUUGAAUGUGGGAGUCAAGCCGACAACUUCCACGACAGGAAAUGUACCAAAUCUUCCUCUAUUAAAACCAAAAACUGUUCUUCAGCAGCAUCUGCAGACACCACCGGGGCAACAGAAAAUUGCACCAAAACCAGCAGAGGUGUCUAUCCACCAUUACCACCCACAGCAGCAACAGUUUGUACAGUUGAACAUAAGUGACUCGACAAAUCCAAAUCUGAUUAAAAGCUUGCUUGCAAAGAAACUUAAUCAAAAUAUGGUUGUGAGACAAACUCAACCAUUUUCUAGUCCAAAUAAUCUUGUCCCAGCAACAACAAGUCCGCUGCUUAUUCUUACCGAUCAAAUUACUCUGGCAUCACAGUCCAUAGCUGAUGUGGGCCAGCCUCAGGUUGCUUCAUUUGGGUGCCCUCAGGUUGCUAUGAAUUAUGAAUUUGGUCAGCAUAAUAGCAACCAGAGCACAGACUCUGGUUUGUCUAGAAAUAGUGUAUCAGUGCAGUCUACAGCACAGCUGGAAUAUCCACAAUCAGUGAACGCUGUUCAGCAAAUGUCGCUGAAUAUUCUGCAGACUAUUUCAACAUCUGUGAACAAUUCUAGUCCUUUAACAAAAUCAACUUCUCCAAAGUCUGUUAAAAAGAAGAAGGCAGAGAAUUCAAGAAAAGAAACCUGUUCACCCUGUCCAACUUCGCCUACAACCUCAGUGAAAUCACCUCGUUUAUCAUCUGAAUCACAUCCAUCAACAACGUCUGAGUCGAGACCUGCAUCACCCCGAUCAGCUUCUCCACGUUCACAGCCGUUUGAGCUGGAAGUCUGUGGAAGAGUGGAACGUGCUAAAGACAUUGUUCAGACUGGUGCUGAGACACUUAUUGAACGAGUGGAAAAUAAGUGCUUAGAACAGUUGCAUGAGUUGCAAAAGCAAAUUUCAAAACCGUCCAUUGUUAGUGACUUAUCUACAGUUUCACCAUUAAUUGAUGAGGAAAAACCAGUAACCAAAAAUGGUAUUAAUAUGUCGAGUGGUCAUUCUUCACCUCUUUCUGAAAACGUUUUGAAUUCUAGUGCAUUUGUGAGUGAUAGUUGUGCUACAAAUCUAAGUGACCUUUCAACACCAAUUCUAACCAACUCGAUUAAAGUACAUUUUGUAGACAAGCCUUUAGGAAAGGUUAAUGACCAGCAUAAUGCGAAAGUGAUAACAAAAAGCUUUGACAGUUGUGAAUUGCCUUGUGAUCCAUUUGCGUACAUAGAUAAAAAACUGGUGAAAUGUAGUGAAAACAAAUCACCUGAACAAAACCCACCUGACAAGUGCAAUAUGACAAACAGUACAUCUAUUGGCAUUACAGACGUAACACAGGAAAACAGUUCAGAAAACUUCUCUUCAAAAGAUAUGGAAAUGGACUAUUUAAAUGAUCAAAAUAGCUUCUUGGCAAAUGCAAACAGCAUUCCAACUGGUUUGGUGAAUGGUUUGAAUUCUCCAAUGGACUCACCUUCAAGUAUUGAUCAAGACAUGCCUCCAUCACCAAUAAGUGAGUAUAAAGAAAAUGGCACAGUCUUCAAUGGACAGGAGAUUAGUUCAUGUAAAGGUGAUGCUGGUAAUUCUGUGUCCAAACGGUUUACAAAAGAAAAGUUGUCUAAGUUAAUAGGAAAAUCUGGCAAGUUGAAUGGCAUUGCUAUUCAUCUGGGUAAUGGUGACUAUUCAGUCGAGGAAAACAUGGAGGUUGACAGUAAACGUGAUUCAAUUCCUAAAGGUUUUCUGGAGAGUAACAUUGAUCAAAGGGUUCCCCUACAUGGUCAGCCUGCUGUUUGUAGCAUGACUGAAUCUAAUGUAAAAUCUCAGGGCUUACGUUCAGACAGUUCUGCUGCCUCUGUGAAGUCUACCGGCAUUGUUUUAAAUUGUGAUAUGACUGGCAAUGGUAUUGGAAUACAUUUCAUGUCUAGUCAGCAAUCUCCUAUGGUUUUGCAAAGUUUGACACCAGAACAAAAGACUUUGCUGCUAAAGCCUAACUUGCAAAUGUUUAAAGAUAAGACAGAAAAAAUUGAAAUUUCAAUUGAGAAAGUUGAGAAAAUUUGUGAUACAAGGCACAUUCCUACACCAGAUACUAGAGAUGGAGAAUUGAGUUCAGAUAGCUUUGCAUCAUCCACUGCAGAGUCGAUUUCUGAAAAACAUUCCACUCCAGAAGCAUUAACAAUGCAGACUUUUUAUGUUGAUUCUGACAAACCUGAUAAUACUGUGAUUAGUGCUAAGGGUGAGAAGAAAGUUAAACCAAGAAAACGCAGUCGAAGUAAUGCCAGUGCAGGAAGUUCUGAGCCCAAAAGUCCAGCAGUUAUGGUGCCCAUUGGUCCAGAAUACAUUUGUGAAUGGGAAGGAUGUAAGAAGUGUUUUGAAAAUUCGCGUGCUGUGUUCUUUCAUAUUAGUCACCAUCAUGUGAAAGAGGAUACUGAUGGAUUUUGUAAGUGGGAAGGAUGUGAAAUCCUACAAAGGACUAGAUGGUCACUUGUCACCCAUUGCCAGGAUCAUCAUUGCUCAGAAAGUGCAUUGCGGGCAGCUACAAUACGACGGCACCAAGCAGCUCAACGAGGAUCUGUUGUCCCAGCAGCUCCACCAGCCAACAUUCUUGUAUAUCCACCAGAUGCUGCUAUGCAGGCCAUCAAGAGGUUUUCUGUUCGACCCCCAUUUACAGAGUUCCAGGAUUCUCGAGAAGGACCAGUGACCAAGCAUAUUCGCCUUACUGCUGGACUCAUUUUACGCAAUCUUGCUCGCUACUCGGCACUGGGAAGAAGCUUGAUCAAAAAGAGAGAAAACCAUUUGAACUAUCAAGCAAUGAGUGCCACUGAGUCGUCAACAGCCCUUGCUAACUGUUUGUGGGAAAUUCUACAUGACCAUUAGAUUGCACCACCAGGCCCCUGCAUAUCUGUGGUUGGUAGCUGCCAUACACUGCCUCAUGCACAUCUACGUAGGACAUCAAUCAUGUUUUAAUACCACUUUGUCUCAUCCAUGUAUAUGUACAUUCUUAGAACUAUUCAUUGCAUGGUGCUGUCCAUCCAUGUUUGUAUCUACAUUAAUAAAAUGUGCCAUCAGCUCAGAUGCAAAUAAACAUUGCUGUUAUUCAAUUACAUGCAUGAUUAUUUGACUGUCGAAGUUCAAAGAAUUAUAACAUUGACCAUUUCGACCCUUUGUAUAUCAUAACCAGUUUCAUGAAUUAUUAUUUCAUUGUUGUUUUCAUAGCCUGUAUUUAAAUACAUUUCAUCAUACAUGGCAUUUUAAAGUAAAUUAUUGCAUAUGGUGCUGCUAAGGUUGUCAAUUGAAUGUAAAGCAUUGUUUGUAUUCUUCAAUUGGUGUGACUUGUGAAUCAAACCCUUAUACAAAGAAAAUCAAUUUCCAUCAUUUUACAAGCUGAUCUCGUGGCUUGAAUAAAUCAACGUUAACUGUAAAACAUGAAAUUAAUGUGUUUAUAAAAUAUUGUGAGAGCAAAACACAACCAUAAAUGUACAUAUUAGUCUGGGCAUGGUGGUAGCUGUAUGCUUUGAUAUACUCCUAUGAUGUAAGUGUUGUCAACAACUAGCUCAAGACUAUCAGGUGUGACACUUUUCAAGUACAGCAUUUAAGAAACAAUAUUGUCUGCAGUAAAAACGGGGCGACCAACAUGCCACAGAACAGUUUUAGUGUCAUCAUCCCUGGCUUUCUUUCUUUUCUUGAUUGUAUUCACUGAUAACUCAAAGAGCAGUAUCUAGCUCGGUCACUAGAAUCCUCACCUGAGGUGCUUACAAUAUAGGAUCGAACCACCUCAGUGGACCCAUUCAGUAGCCAUUGAUUAAUAAAUCGAUGUGCUAAGUGGUAUUGUUAAACAAAAACAACUUUAACUGAUAACUCAGUCCUGGUUAGAUGACCAAUUUCAUGGCAAGCCCAUUGUUGUUGAUUAAUAAUGUAAUAGUAUUGUAGUUAUACAUAACAAGUAGAUGCAUAACGAUGUUAAACAUAUCGCCCAAAAUAAUAAUUUUUGUCAAUUUUUUUCCACAAUGGAAUGGCAUUCUGUCCGGUUACCUUCCAGAGAGCCAAUAUUUCAACUUGUUUUUUAAAUAAUUUUCUGGAUAUGAAGAUGCCGUUCAUCACUGUUUUAAAGGUAGUCUGAAAUACACAAUUUGAUUGCCAUUUUCGGUGUGUGUGCAACAUAUAACUUUAUAAAUGUGACCUUAAAACUGUUGUUACACAAGUAUGGUUUCAAGGUGUAGUUUGUUCCAGCUGAAUGCAAAGGAUAUCAUGAAUAUGUUGGUGAACAGUUAAUAUAAAACUACUAAAAACAAAUGUAAAUUGAAUUAAGUGCCGAAACUUUCUAGUUCAUAUCAGAAUUAGUUUCCUAAAAUCCAUUUAUGAACAGAGUAGUGAACUUCUUAAAAACAUAAUUUGUUCUCUGCUAAGCUGACCUCUGUAGGUUAUUGAAGGCUAAUAAUAAUUGACUGUUAUAAGUGAAACAAAACUGCACUUGGUUAUAUUGGUUAUAUUUUGAAAUUAAUGUGUCUGUUACGUCCUCACAUUUUUACAUUUUAAUUUCUGUGGCACAUUAAUUCAUGUUUUACAGUAUUUAGCAAAUGGUAAGUAAUGUUGAAUGUAUGAGGUGUAGAUUCAUGAAAAAUAAGUCACAAGCUCUAUAGGAAUGAGUUAAUUACUUUUCACGAAUCCACAUUUCCGAGUGCAUUCUCCAAUUUAAUUCAUUAUUAUUAAUUUUUUUUAAAUUACAUGACUACUAAAUUAACUUCUAUUUAUCUUUUUUAAGGAAAACAUUUGUUAAAGUGUCAAGGAAUAUUAACAAAACUAAUAACCCAAAACAAUUUAAUCCUUUCGGACCUAACCUGAACCUGAACGAUUCAGUCAGUAAAGCCUAGAUGUACAAUGUUUACAAUGUAUGCGUUCUGUUAGUAGUGGUUUCAAAUCCCUGACCUGAAUGCAUAAACAGUUCAAAUUGCAUUGUUUCUCAGGUGUUGAGUCUUGAAAAAUAAUCUACACCUGGAACAAUAGUGUGACGUCACAGGUAUGGAUUAAAUUAGGUUAACUGGUAUCUGCAGCUGACCAUAUUAAAUAAUUUUGAUUUAAAUGGUUAAAAAAAAAAAAAAUUAUUUAGAGCAUAAUGUUGAAAAUGCAUAACAAUUCCGCUAUGAUUUACAUUUCAAGUGUGUGAGUUUUCUUUAGUGAGCAUUAGUGAACAACUUCCACAUUGAUGUGAUUUCACUAUCAUUAAUGACCUAUUUUUGUGCAAUAAUAAGCAUGAACAAAUCUACAGCAUCUUAAUGUUGACUGUUUUUAUGUUGUAGUAAACUAUUAAAGCAGUUGUUUUCAUUUACUUUACAAUGUAAAUAGUUACAUGUAAUUGAGUUACCGUAAUAUUUAAUCAUUUGGGUGGUUUUAAUGUUUAUUUUUAUUUAAAAAAAAAAAAAUUGGGGGUGGUGGUGGUACGGGGUAUGGAUUUGCUUCCACAGAUUUCCUGUAGUUUGCCAAACUGUUUUUUAAUCUUUGAGUCUUAGACCGAGGUAAAGAGUGUUGGUCUUCCACAAAUGCCUGAAAUUAGUGGCUGUUCAUAUUUGCUUGAAAAAUACAUCAUCUUUAAAUUUAAAUAUAAGUCACGACAAAUGUUUUGCUCAGCCUGGGUCAAGAACAAAAAUUGCCACAUUGGAAUAAAAAAAAUUGCCACAUUAAAUUUUGACUAGUAAGUCUUUUUAAAAUCCACACCUUCCAUAUCCUCCCCAUCUAUAUGCUUUAUCUGUAUGACCAACAUGUCCAACCAAGUGAAAACGAUGUGUGGUGGUCCAUAAAUUCCAUAUUAAUAAUACACCCCCACCCCACCCCAAUAACACAAUUUAAAGAAAUGUUAACCCUAUUGUCAAGUAAACCAUAUAGCCCAGCGGCAACAUUGUCACUGUUUGUAUAUUGAUUGGGUGGAGUGAACUGGACAACCCUUCAAGGUAUUUUGGUGGCUGAUUAUUAUUACUAUUAUUAAAAACUCGAUUUCAUGUUGAAUAGAUGUUAUAUUAAGAUGUAAUAUAAAAGUAAUUUUAUCCUGACCCAGUAUAAUGAGUGGUGACUAGUUCAGCCUGCUAUAGAAAUAGAUAAAGUAGGUGUGCUUUAAGUACCUUGUGUUUAUUUAACUAUUAGCAGACGACCAUAAGGUGCAGCAGGUGAGUAAAAUUGAAUGUGAAAAUUUCAAGUUGAGAGAUAUUUGGGUAUGGUAAAAAAAAUGUACCUAAUAGAAUAGAAAACAGUACUUUUAAUUACACAGUAUUGUUAAUUGUUAAUACUUUUUAAUAAAAAAUACUUCUGUCAAUGAAAGCUACUGCAAAUGAUGUGACUUUUUCCCCAACAGCAGCGACAUCAUUAAAGUUUAUCGGUAAAGAGUUGCGUUUACAUCAGUAUCUCAUAACCUAUAUGUCCUAAGUCAAUGAAACAUAGUUUAUAGUUGGACCUAUGGGUGUUUAUCACAGUGUGUGUGAAAAUAAUUAAAAGUUAAUUUAUUAAAUAUUUUUAAUUAAAAUACAUUUGCAUUCAGGUAAACGUUAAAGUUUUGUGUUGAGCUCCAUUUCUCACAAACUAAGUCCUAGAUCGAUGAAACUUAUUUAAUAGUUGUUCCUAAGGAUGGUUAUCAUAAUGCAUGUGAAAAGAAUAAAAAAUUAAUAUAAUAUCUUAUGGAUGCAACUAUCAGUGAUACCGAAUAGGUUUAUGGUAGGCGAGACAUUUAAUUCCGUGAAAUUGUUGUCUUAAUCAUAACAUUGUUAUGGAAAAGUGACAUGCUAAAAGUGUUAUUUUUAGGCACAAUAAUUUGCUCUUUUUUUUUGCAAAGCAGGUGAAUAUCUUGUUUAAAAAAUACUAAGGGAAUAUUUGUUUUGUUCUUUUUAUAAAUAUUUAAAAACACAAAGUCAUUUGGCAGAAUUUGAACCUACUGCAUCAAUGUGCAUGGCAUUUGACAGUCUACAAACUUAACGCUCAGCCACCAGGACCCCACGGAAAUUAACUACAGUUGAGAAUGUGUACUGGAAUAAAUUAACAAAUAUUUUCUUCCUGUAAUAACUUGUGCACAAUGAGAUUAUAUUAAAAAUUGUAAAAUGUAAAAAAAGAAAAUUUAAUAAUAAUUGAAACUUGAUUAUUGUUACAAGAUAGGCAAUCAAGCCAGAAGUUUGUCAUGUAAUAGACAAAACCAAAUAGUGUAAGACAGGUGAUAAUGAAAUAUGUUUGCGUACCCAUAUAAGAUUACAAUUUUUCUUCAGCUAUAACUCUGACAAAUUGGAUACCAAUAAAGAUUUUUAUGUUGAAAAAAAGGUUUCUACAUGCUUUUAAACAAAAGUUAAUUGUGUUAUUUUCUAAUGGGGAACAAUUAAUUUUAAAGAAAUAUUAGUGGCGUUCUUGUCACAUUAAAAUUUUAACUUAAAUUUUGAGAAUAUAGUGUGUAAAACUUGCUGGUUGCAUCCUUUUUGAGACUGCCCUGUGUCCAAUUUGAGUUUCUAAAACUAACGUAUCUGCUAGUCAUGAUAGAUCAAAGUGGGCAGGUGUAUUAAAAAAUGAAUUAACAUUGGCAUUUUUGUUAUUACUUUAUGAAUUGUGAUAAGUGAAUGUUAGUGGUGGAUCAUAGAUUGUUUUGGGGUAUAUAUAUAUAUAUAUAUAUAUAUAUAUAUAUAUAUAUAUAUAUAUACUACAGAAUAAUUAGACAAAUUUUAUCGGUAAUGCUGAAAAUAUACGUUCAUUUAGCUAAAGUAAACCUUUAUUUAGUUGUGGUGUAGAAUUUCAGCGUUUAUUUUUAAAUCAGUAUGUAUCUCUUUAUUUCAACUAUGUUUUGGUUUAAGAGGAUCAAUGACAAGUACUUAGAUCACGAAUACUAGUACUUAUUUUAUGUUUAAUAAUUUUAAUAAUUAUCCAUAUUUUGCUUCUUGUUGGAGGGGGUAGGGGUAAUGUUAAUGGUAAGGUUUAUGAAAUUAUGUUUAUAAAACCUAGCUUGUAUAUAUAUAUAUAUAUAUGUAUGUAAUGUGUGUCAUCUUGGAUGUGUUAAUUGUAAUAAUAUUGGUUUUAGUCAAAAUGUCAAAACUGAUGAAUGUUAGAGUUAAGCAUAAUUUGCUUAUUUCAUCUUCAGGAUAGGGCCUGAAUGCAUUCAUAACUAAACAUAUAUGCCAUAUGAUUUGUGCUUCAUUUUUCAAAUUCAUUUCAUUGUCAUUUUCACUAUUUCUACUUCCAUGUUCAUAUUUCAUUGUUUUUCCAGUAUUUGUACUUUAAUGUUUAUAUCCUAUGUGUUUAUGUAGAUCCUGAUUGAAAUAUAUAUACAAGUAUGACAUGUUUUAAAUGAACACCUGAAACUAUUUAUUGGGGGAAAAGUCUCCUUUUUUACUACAUUAUUCAAUACUUACAUGAUGUUAGAUUUCUAUGACUGAGGUUCUGUUUGAAAGUCUUUGUCAUAGGCAAUUCAAUACUUUUGUAAAAAAAAAAAAAAAAAAAUGUUUUAAGUAUAAAUAAUAAUAUAAAUUUGGGACAUUUCCUAAAUUAUGUGAACUUUUUGUAGUAUUUUCUUUGCAUUUUGAGGAUCAAUGAUUCCGUGUCAUUGUUCAAAAGGUUAAAUAAAAAUAUUAUUGAAAAAAAAUAUAUAUAUA